UAGUCGGACUUCUGAAACCGAAUAUGGAUAUGAAUGCAAAGUCCAAUUUACAGAAUGCUUUCAUAUAAUCACGCUUGAUUGCUCCUCAGAAUAGUGCAAAUAAAUAACGCUAGUAAAGGGGUACGGGCUAAUUUAAACAGUAGUUCAAUGUCAAAUGACAAUAUGCGACAUGCUGUUUGGAGAGCACGGUAGUAUAUACGAGAAAAACGUAGUGGGUGUGAAUUACGUUUAAUAUGGCGCUGUUUUCAGCAGCAGCAAAAGGAGACGUCCUGAAGAUACAAUCAUUAAUCGACUUGGAAGACAAGUCCGAGGAUUCUGAUGGAGUAGAUGUAAACUGUUCGGAUGUGUCUGGCAAGACGGCCCUCCACAUUGCUUCGGAAAACGGACAUUUGCAAACAGUUAAAUGCCUAACCAAUCAUGGAGCAAAGGUGAAUGUAAUCGAUGCUAACCUACAGACAUCGAUUCACUUAUGCUCACAGAACGGCCAUCUUCAUGUGGUAGAGCUGUUAGUGAACGAAGGAGCAGAUAUUGAUAUUGGCGACAAAGAUGGGUUUACAGCUCUUCACAUAGCAUUAUUGGAGAGUCAUUUUGAUAUUGUCAAAUAUCUCGUCAGUAAAGGGGCAGACCUGGGGAGACUAGCUAAUGAUUACUGGACACCUCUACACCUUGCAUUAGACGGUGGUCAUCUUGACAUUGCAGAGUACCUUUUGACAGAAGGAGCCAACAUUAACACUUCUGGUAAAGGUGGGUGUACAGCUCUACUUACUGCUGCACAAACUGGUAAUAUUGAUGGAGUGAAAUAUAUAACCAGUCAAGGAGCAGAGCUGGAUAGGAGCACUGACGAUGGUUGGACCGCACUUAGUUUGGCUUCAUUUGGGGGACAUCUUGACAUUGUCAAAGUUCUCGUUAACGAAGGAGUAGAUUUUGACAAAGCACUCAUGAACGGUAUGUCACCCUUGUGUCUUGCAACAAAAAUAGGCCAUCUGGGUAUUAUCGAGGUCUUACUGAACGUAGGAGCAAAUAUUGAUAGCUGUAAUCGAGACGGGUUAACAUCACUCCACAUCGCAUCGUCCAAUGGACACGUUGAUAUAGUUCAUCAUCUUGUUAGCAAAGGGGCACAGCUUAACAAAUGUGACAAUACCGGCAAGACACCCAUGUCUUGUGCUUCUCAGGAAGGCCAUCUUGAAGUCGUCGAGUAUAUCGUGAACAAAGGAGCAGGUAUUGGUAUUGGUGAUAGAGAUGGGUUUACAGCUCUUCACAUAGCAUCACUUAAGGGUCAUCUUGACAUUAUCAAAUACCUCGUUAGUAAAGGGGCAGAGCUGGAGAGACUUGCUAAUGACUACUGGACACCUCUACACCUUGCUUUAGACGGUGGCAAUCUUGAAAUUGCAGAGUACCUUUCGACAGAAGGAGCCAAUAUCAACGCGUGUGGUAAAGGUGGAUGUACAGCACUACAUGCUGCAUCACAAACUGGUAAUAUUGAUGGAGUGAAAUAUCUAACCAGUCAAGGAGCAGAGCUGGAUAGGAGCACUGACGAUGGUUGGACCGCACUUAGUUUGGCUUCAUUUGAGGGACACAUUGACAUUGUCAAUGUUCUCGUUAACAGAGGAGUACAGGUUGACAAAGCACUCACGAACGGGAUGACACCCUUGUGUCUUGCAACAGAAAGAGGCCAUCUGGGCAUUGCCGAGGUCUUACUGAGCGUAGGAGCAAAUAUUGAUAACUGUAAUCGAGACGGGUUAACAUCACUCCACAUCGCAUCGUCCAAUGGACACGUUGAUAUAGUUCAUCAUCUUGUUAGCAAAGGGGCACAGCUUAACAAAUGUGACAAUACCGGCAAGACACCCAUGUCUUGUGCUUCUCAGGAAGGCCAUCUUGAAGUCGUCGAGUAUAUCGUGAACAAAGGAGCAGGUAUUGGUAUUGGUGAUAGAGAUGGGUUUACAGCUCUUCACAUAGCAUCACUUAAGGGUCAUCUUGACAUUAUCAAAUACCUCGUUAGUAAAGGGGCAGAGCUGGAGAGACUUGCUAAUGACUACUGGACACCUCUACACCUUGCUUUAGACGGUGGCAAUCUUGAAAUUGCAGAGUACCUUUCGACAGAAGGAGCCAAUAUCAACGCGUGUGGUAAAGGUGGAUGUACAGCACUACAUGCUGCAUCACAAACUGGUAAUAUUGAUGGAGUGAAAUAUCUAACCAGUCAAGGAGCAGAGCUGGAUAGGAGCACUGACGAUGGUUGGACCGCACUUAGUUUGGCUUCAUUUGAGGGACACAUUGACAUUGUCAAUGUUCUCGUUAACAGAGGAGUACAGGUUGACAAAGCACUCACGAACGGGAUGACACCCUUGUGUCUUGCAACAGAAAGAGGCCAUCUGGGCAUUGCCGAGGUCUUACUGAGCGUAGGAGCAAAUAUUGAUAACUCAGCAUUCGAGGGUCAUUUUGAAAUUGUCAAAUACCUCGUUAGUAAAGGGGCAGACCUGAGGAGACUUUCUAAUGAUAACUGGACACCUUCACGUCUUGCUUUCAAUGGCGGCCAUAUGGGUAUACACGACUUUCUUUUAGAUAAAGAAGCAACACAGAUCGUUAAGCCAUUCAUUGGGUUUGAAGAGGACCACUAUUACUACCCUCGCAGUACUCAAGGUGGUGAGGCUUUCCCUGGCUUAAUGCCCCCGUACUCCCGAACAUACGAUCCAUAUCGUACCAGUCCACAAGACAUUUCUCGCUUCAUGAGCAACACAAAAGAGACAAUGAAUAUUAGUCUCGACGAGUGCAGCAUCAAGGUUCCACUUUCACCAGACGAUGCGAACAGAGCCAAAUGUAUCACAGCAGAAGCAUUGACAAGAAUUCCACCUGACUUAAAGCUGGAAAAAGACGAAGUUAUCAUCUCAGUUGGGCUCAAGCUAUCCCCUCCUGGUCUUCAGUUUAAAACUCCGGUGGAAGUCACGGUCUCGCAUAGCGCUAUUUUCACCAACCCAGACAAGGCAGAAAUUGUGCUAUACACCCGAAGGACUGGGUCUGAUGAAUUUUCAAGGAUCGUUCCUGCUUCUGACAAAGCUGCUCGGUGUGUAGUUGCAAAGAAUCACAUUACCCUGUACUUAGACCAUUUCUCGGAAUGGUGGAUUAUCUCCUUAAUCAGGAGAUACUUCAUCGGUAAACGGCUCAUCUGUACGCCAUACGUUCCCCUGUCAACAUCUAGAGACGUCAUGAAUUACAUCCUGCUCAAUAUUAAAGAUGACUUCUGCGGCAUGAAAGAGGAUACAAUACGAGACUACAAGGUAGCCUUUCCUGGUGAGCAGUACUGUGUAUAUUGGGGAAAAGGACCCCUUUUUGUCAGACAUCUGGAAAACGAAGACGAAGUGUCAACACAAGUAAGAUUAUCCUGA